CGUGCCGGUGCCGCCCAAACACCAUCCGGCCGUCCGCUCGCUUCCAUCCGACGGGCAUGGCCCCACCCGCGAUGCGGGACAAGGCCUCGUAAACCGAGCGCGCGCACCCAUCCCUCCACCUUUGAAACCUUUCUCGUCCUCCAACGCUGUGCGGCUGCGUGCUCUGCCACUGCGCGUCCGUGGGCAUGGCCGCCACCGCCCUCGCCGCCUCUCGCCUCCUCCUGCUCCUCCGCCUCGUGGUCACCACCAUUCCCUUCCUGGUCGGGUUCGCCGGCGGCGCGAUGCUGGACCCCAAGCAGCUUAUAGCUCUGCGCGCGCUCGGCCUCGCCCCGCACCGAGCCAGCGACCCCUGCGACGCGGAGGGCGCCGUGGCCGCGUCCUGCGACGCGGGGGUGCCGCUCCGUCGCGUGACGUCCCUCGCCCUCACCAACUGCUCCGACACCACCUCCGUCUCGGCCGCGGCGCUCGAGGCGCUCGCGCCCUCGCUCCGCACGCUCGCCUUCCUGGACUGCCCCGCCGCGCCGCCGCGGCUCCUCCCGCCGGAGCAGCUCGCCGCGGGGCUCUGGUACUUCUCCUGCACCGCCUCCCUCCGCCGCCUCUCCGCGGUGUGGCUCUCCCGCCUCGCCAACCUCACGGAGCUCGCCGUCGCCGACACCCCGCUCGCCACCGGCUCCGCGUCCGAGCUCGCCGUGGUCAUCUCCCACAUGGACCGCCUCACCCGCCUCACCCUCUCCAACGCCAACCUCUCCGGCUCCCUCCCGCACCACUGGCACUGCCCCAACCUCACGCGCCUCGACCUCUCCCGCAACCGCAUCGCCGGCUCCAUCCCAGACACCAUCACCCUCCUCGCCGGCAUCACCCGCCUCAACCUCAGCUCCAACGCCCUCACCGGCCACAUCCCCGCAGACAUCGGCGACCUCAUCUCGCUCACCGCCGUCGACCUCUCCAACAACUCCCUCUCCGGCGGCAUCCCCGAGACCAUCUCCACGCUGCCCGAGCUCCAGGUGCUCAACCUCGGCUCCAACAAGCUCAACGGGAGCAUACCGCCGUUCCUGUCCGAGAUGAGGGGGCUCCAGGAGCUCAACCUGGAGAACAACGACUUCGACGGCAUGCUGCCCUUCAGCGCCAGGUUCCUGUCGAGCCUCAGGGUGUUCAGGGCGGCCGGGAACGGCCGGCUGUGCUACAACAGGUCGGUGCUGGCCCCGGAGGUCGCCGUGGGGGUGGCGCCGUGCGACAAGUACGGGUACCCGGUCACGGCGCCCCCGGCGGCGACGGCGCAGUCGCAGAAGAGCACGGCAUAUGACGACGACGGCGGCGGGGACGGCGACAGGGACGCCGACGCUGCUGGUGGCGGGCCCAGCGCGGUGGUUCUCGGGCUCGGCAUUGGGUUGUCAUGUUUGGCGUUCGUUGUCAUCUUGCUCGUCUGCCUCUGCAAAGUGUGCAGAUGAGGCGGCGCACGGGACCGUGUCUCGUCUCGUCUCGUGAGAAUAUCUUCUUUUUUUUGCUUCUCUUGUUUUGUGGUCGGGUUUAUACUUUGCUGAUGCGUUCCGUUGAGCAUACGCCCAGCUAAUUAAGCUAGCGUAGGAUCGUCCGUUGAUUCUUACAUGUCGCUGCUCUCUGCCCUUUGGUCGGGUUCAAGAUCAUGAACCUCUCAAGUAUAACGAAAUACAAACGAGAUGGCAGCUUGAA